AUGGGCUGGUUCUCAUUCGGCUCGUCGAAUGCACCGCAAUCAGCAAAAGCGUCAGAUGGCGGACGCAUUGCUCCUGACCGCUCGUCUCGAGAGAGCUGCUACAAUGGUCGGGAUCAUUUCUUUGCUUGCCUCGACAGCAACGACAUUCUAGAUGCUGUCAAGCAUGACUCGGAGGCUCGCAAGAAAUGCGCCAAAGAAAUUGCCGAGUUUGAAUCUGCUUGUUCCAAGGCCUGGGUCAAAUAUUUCAAAGAGAAGCGUGUCAUGGAGUACAACAGGGACCAGACGAUCGCCCGAAUCCAAAAAGCGGACGCAGAGAAAGCAGCUGAGGAGGCAGCUGGACGAUAG